GGCGAGGAGAAGCAGCGAGUGCAGAGCGUGAGGCUGAGGAACAGGACCCAUGGCCUACAGGGAUGUACAGUCUCCUUACCUGAGUCCCGCUGUCCCCUUCCAAAAAUCCAUCCAAGGUGGACUCCAAGAUGGCCAGAAAAUCACCAUCACUGGACACGUUCCUUCCUUUGCAGAAGACAGGUUCCACGUGAACCUUCAGAAGGGCAGCAGCGGCGAUGACGUGGCCUUCCACUUCAACCCUCGCCUUAGAGACGGGCUCGUGGUCUGCAACACGAAGCAGAAUGGCUACUGGGGAUCCGAGGAGAGGAAGAUGCAUAUUCCCUUCCCCAAGGAGAGUACCUUCGAGCUGUGCAUCCUGGUACAGAGAACAGGGUUCACUGUGAACGUGAACAGGAACUUCUUCACCCACUACUCACACCGCGUGCCCUUCCACGAGGUUGACACCAUCGCUGUGGCCGGCGGUGUGCAACUGUCCUUUGUCCACAUUGAGAGACCUGACAUUUCACCUUUGGCAUACCCCCACCCCAACACAGACUACCCGCUGCCUUACUUCACCUCCAUCUCGGGGGGACUCUUACCACCCAAAAGCAUCAUCAUCUCGGGCAUUGUCCUGCAGAAGGCCAAUAGCUUCUACAUCAACCUGCACUCCGGGAACGACAUUGCCUUCCACAUGAGCUCCCUGCUGUCCAAGAACUCCGUGGUGUGGAACACGCAGGGGGGACAGGAAGAGUGCAUUCAGCCCCGCAGCAUGCCCUUUGCCUGCAGCCAGAGCUUCCAAGUGUGGAUCCUGAGUGAGACCCACUGUCUCAAGGUGCUGGUGAACAGCCAGCACCUGCUUGAGUACAAACACUGCCUGGAGAACCUGCCUGACAUCAACAAGCUGGAAGUCGGGGGUGACGUCCAACUGAGCCACGUGCACACCUAAGCCAGGACCCCUGGCCUCCCCAGCCCACCUGUCCCAGCCUCAGUCCAGCCCGCCAAAGCCCGCCUAAGAGCGGGGCUGUUCCCACGGGGUCACCUCUUUGCCUGGCCCUGCCUCAGCUACUGAAUACUGGGGUGCAGUGAGGGUGGCGGAGGGGUCUGUGUGGGCAGAAGGCCCAAGUUCAGUCCUGUGGUAGAGAGGGAGGGUCCCUCCCCCACAGACCUGCACCUUCUGAUCCCCUGACCCCACUCCUGUCCUAAACCAACAGCUGUUUUCUCCACAAUGGGGCUGAGGGUUUAUUUUCACAGCCACUCCCCUUUAGCCUUAAA